AAGGUCAAAGAUGGUCUCAAAAGUAUGACUGAUCAACACCCUAUGUACAUCAUCAAAAAGCUCGGACACAUUCCAUCGGAAUUACGGACUUCGUCCUACAAGGCUUCAGAUGGAUCUCUAUGUUUCUGUACUGUGAUAGACUUUAAUCAGGGGCGCGAAUCUGGUCUUCCUUUGGAAUGUUGCUCAUUUUGUUUGCUUGAUAACAAUAUACAGCACAGCCCAGUUGUCCUGAAUAGUAAUUCACGCUUCCGCAUUCUUUUGGGUAAUGCUCCUGAUACUACUCAGUAUGGAAACCAGCAAACUUUGGGGCAGCUUUCUUUAAGAAGCUUAAUAGAAAAAAUUCUCUUUAAUUGUGCGUCUGGAGACGUGUUCAAUGUAGAGAUAGGAUCUGUUGAAAACUCUGAGAAACACAAGAAUCCAUCAACGUUUAAUUUAUCAUUACGUGUUGAUUACGUACUUGUUCCACCUAUUUGUGGUCAUUCAACUACAACAGCUACAACUACAACAAAUUCUAAUAAUACUGAACUAAUGCAAUCCGAUCCAAGAGAAAAUACUACAAUGGAUUGGAAUCCUCACUUAACUAUUCAAUGGUUAUAUCGUAGUUGGUAUUUAAAAGAACGAGGCUCUUGGUUAGUAAAUCAUCAUUUGAAAUAUUUAACCCCCGCCUCUUCUUCAGACAAUUCCAAUGAUCGUAACAAAUUAUUCCAAUACAUUUGGUCAUCGGCUUUUGCAUGUUAUUCUAGAGCAUUACAACUAGUUACACUAGCUUAUUGGGCUGAAAAGACAUGUAUGCACAAUGAUGACAACGACGCGGACGCGGACGCGGAUGCUUAUGUUGAUAAUGACGACGUCGAUGCUGAUGGCGAUGGUGAUGCUUUGCCAUCAAUCAAAAAAACUGAUGAAAAUCAUUCGAACUGUUGUGCAAAUAAUAAGAUUACUACACACAAUAAUAUACAUUGGAUUCAAAUUGUAUCAGGUGAAAAAAAAUGCAUAACUAUUAUGCGUAACAAUGAAAAUUUAUUGACUAGUUCCGAUGAUUAUAUAGAUUGGGAUUGUUUUGGUAGUAUAGAUUAUAAAACUAUUAUUCCAUUACAAUUUCAAUCUUUACGUCUUAUGUUCACUCUUCUAUCCAAUAUUGCUUUAUGUCAAUUGAAAAUUGGAUCCAACGACUAUUGUGCACGUAAUUGUUCACAUGCUUUAUAUUUGCUAUCAUGUCAAUUACCAAAUUCAUUUACUAACAAUCAUCAUUCAUCUACCAAUACUACUACUACAGCUUCAAGUGAUGAUUAUUAUCAUCAAGAUAUUAUUAAUGCGAAAUUAUUUUCACAAGAUAAAUUACAAUACUAUGCAAUGCAUUUUCAAAUUACUUAUUAUGAUAUACAUAAAUUAUUAUUUCGUCGUGCACAAGCUUAUUUUAAUCAAGGUAAAAUGGAUGAAGCCAGAAAUGAUUUGAUAAUAUGUAAUGAAUUAAUGACUAAUCAAUUAAUCCGAUUACAAAAUACUACUACUACUACUACUUAUAAUAAUAACAGUAGUAUUGACAGUAAUAACAACAAUAAUAAUGAUAAUAACAGUAAUAAUAGUAAUAAUGAAUCACAAGAGAAUAACAAUCAAAAGCCAUUAACUAUGGAAAACAAUGAUGAUCAUUAUAAACAAAUGAAAGCAGCUUUACAAGCUAGUAAAAAUUUAUUAAUCAAAGUGAAUGAUCGUCUGACACAAGAUGAAGCGGUAUUACUUGCUCGGCUAAGAAGACGAACACAACAAAUAGAAUAAUCUUCAAACUAUGAUCAAAAUGAAGUUGGAUUUACUGAAAAUUGUUUGCUCCUUUGUUUUUGUACUGCUGAGCUGAAGAAACGAUUUUUUCUUUCUGAACUGUCGAGUUCUGUGAACAGUAGCUACGCCAUGACAUUUCACUGUUCAAUUUAUUAUUAUAAUCAACUGGUUUCUGUUACACAAUACCUGAUUGAAGUCUGUCUGUCUAUCUAUCAAGUUAUUGAUUUUUUCAAACAACCUUUUUUUAUUCUUAAACAGUCCUAGUUUUUUUGUUCAGAAAUCUACUUUGUUCACUUAUCACAAAUAAAAUUGAAGUGUGUAAUCAAGUUUCCAUUGGUUAUUCUUUGUCAAGAACUAACUAACCAACACCUUCUUCAAUGUUUAUUGCAGUCAAGCAUGCGCUGAUGCUGUUGAUUGAUGUUUUUAUUCAAUGUGCUUUUGCUCGCCUUUUUAUUACUUCCAGUAACAUUGUAAAUAUUUUUUAUACAGUUAUAAUUCGAAACCAGGACUUUUAGUCUUGCUCAUGAACGCCUUACCCCUGGACCACUGAAUCGGCACCUAACGGUGUUAUUGUCUAACUUCAAUCGAUUCACGGAGUUGCGAAACCUGAUACAUUGUCUUCAGUAGUUACUACUGUCUAUGAAGUGCCUCCACAUAUAUUCGAGUUCGCUUACAUUUAAUUUGGUUAAGCCCUUUCGAUUAAUU